AUGAUUGAGGAAAAGCCUAGUGAUGAAGAAAGUAAAAGAAAAAUAAUCAGCUGUUAUCAAAAAGCAGCUAAUAUGAAGAAUGCUGAUAGAGAAAAUAAAAAUCUAGAACUUCCCAAAGCCCAAAAUAUUAAAUCAACGGAAGACUCCGAAAGACCCAAAGAAGCAUUCCACUACGAUCAAACUACCAAAGUAGAGAUUUACCAAAUUAUGGUAAAAAAUUAUGUUAUCGAGGACUCUGAUAAAGAAACAGAUAUAAUAACCUGGGAAGAAGAAUGUGAUAACUGGGAAGAAGAAUGA